CACUGUUUGCUGCGGAAAACGUCUCAUUAAUUAUCAACACCCGGUAUUCAACCAGAGUUAUAUUUACCUCGAAAUACGCACCAGUCAGCCCAGCAGCCAUCCACGCUUCCCGGGGCCCCUUGGUUCAGCACCUCUGCAAAUAAGAGAGGGGUAGAAAAGACUGGCAGACCCGGGGCCAGGUGCGGUGCUGGCUGGGGGGUGUUUGCUGUGUCCAGGCCCAGCUGGCAGUGGUCGGUGGUGGCCGAAGUCUUCUCCCUCAACCUCUUCGUUGGGCUCUUCUCCCUGACUGCCAGCUUCCACUGUGCAAAUAGUGCCCCCCAGAGGAGUCGGGUUGCCCAUUGGGGGGCGCUGUGCUGUGGCCUGGGCCCGUGUAACCAGCACACUCUGGUGUUGUACGUGGUGGUCAUCAUUCCCAGGGUCCUGCUCCACCUCUGCUCUCACAAAGCCAAGACAGAGGGAACCUCACCAUGAUGCUAAAGGCUCAGCUGACCCACGUUAUGGCUGACCUGUCCCUCUCUGUGCUGGUCCUGGCUGGACUGGGCUUGUUCCUCUCCUCCUGGGACAGGACGCAGGGUGUUGUUCCCUGGCUUCUGACGGCCAUGCUGCUACUCUACUCCCUGUUAUUCACCUGGAGAUUCAACCUGGACACCAGCAGACAGCGAACCCCUACCCCUGGGAGUGGGAGUGUGAUCAGAGCAGUAACAGUGUGGUGGAGCAGUUUGGGCGGGAGCUUCUGGUCUCUGUCCCUCCAGACUCUAUCAUCCUGACCCGGGGAGACCUCCCAGGGAACUCCCUGCGCUACUGCCAGAGACGUACGCCUCGUUGACCAGGAGGUUACUACUUUGUCACUUAAUAUGAUGAUGUACAGCUGGUAUGUGGCCAAGCUGGGUGAGCAUCACCCUGGGGUUCACUUCCCAGGGUGCUGGUGGGACCCGGUCCACACGGAGGAGAAAGACACCUUCAGUCUGGAGAAGUUCCUCUCUCACAACACACAGGGGGCUGUGCUGGCCUGCAUCGGGCUGCCUGACCGGGACCCCAGCUGGGAGAGGAGCUUUUCUCACUGGCUCCUGGAUGUGUGUGACCACCUGGUGCCUGCCCAGGAGCCCUUCCACCUGGAGGAGUGGACCCGCCACACCCUCUACAUCUGGACCGAGCCACACAACAGGAUGAAGACGGCUUUCUUUCUGUUUGACCUGGCUGAGAGGAUCCAGGGAGAGGAGAAAGCUGGCCUGUUUGACCUGGCUGAGAGGAUCCAGGGAGAGGAGAAAGCUGGCCUGUUUGACCUGGCUGAGAGGAUCCAGGGAGAGGAGAAAGCUCGCCUGUUUGAGCUAUCCUACACAGAGAGUACACAGAGAGCCUCUCGCUGUCCCUGGCCAGCGAGAGGCUCCUGCAGCAUCCAGCACUUCAGCCUGUACCUGGACAGCCUGUGCCCACGGACUCCCAGGCCCCCGGGGUGGUAUUGUCCAGACAAACAGGACCCUGACUGCACCUCACACUGCGGGAAUGUUUUCCACUGGGGACGUUUCAUGACUUUUGCAACCUGGACUGAACCCAAUCAAGCUGUUCAUCUCUCACACACACUCUUUUAUUUACUAUUUCCCUGUCUCUCUCUGUAUCUCUUUCUCUGCCUCUCUCGCGGCUUUUAACGUUGUGAUUAUGUGGCCUCCAGCUUUAGUUCUCCCAUUAGGACGGUCAGGCUGAGAUUGAGGGAAACCCAAUGUGUGCGCAGAAAUGGAGGAUUAGAGCAGGCUCUUAAUCUAGGACAGACUUGUGCCGUGCCACGCUUUCCUCUGGACUCUUAGCAUGACCCAGGCUCCAAAUCACCACCGCUGCCCACCGACUAUCCAUCCGGCUGAGAUGGUCCUUUAAAAAACAAAUGGAUUCAAGGAGCUUUUUUGCUCCUUUUGACAGCAGAGCUAUAAUCCCUCACGGAUUUAAAUGACACAUUAAAUGUUACAAUGCCAGGGACGCAUUUAGAGGUGUGUGCUCCUCCUGUGAUACACAGACACGAGGACAGAAACACACACCACACACACACUGAACAGUGGAGCACUUUCAACUCCACAGAGACAUUUUGUUGCGCAGACAUUGAGAGUCACAACUACGCUAACACAGACAGAGACAUUGCACACAGACAUGCAAGGGUCCUCAGCAGGGACUCAUUCCUCUGUUCUAGGAGAGACCUACCUCGCUCACCUUCCAUUCCCUCGUUCCUCUGUUCUCAGAGAGACAUUCUACCUCGCUCACCUUCCAUUCCCUUGUUCCUCUGUUCUCGGAGAGACCUUCUACCUCGCUCACCUUCCAUUCCCUCGUUCCUCUGUUCUCGGAGAGACCUUCUACCUCGCUCACCUUCCAUUCCCUCUUUCCUCUGUUCUCGGAGAGACCUUCUACCUCACUCACCUUCCAUUCCCUCGUUCCUCUGUUCUCGGAGAGACCUUCUACCUCGCUCACCUUCCAUUCCCUCGUUCCUCUGUCCUCGGAGAGACCUUCUACCUCGCUCACAUUCCAUUCCCUCGUUCCUCUGUCCUCGGUGAGACCUUCUACCUCGCUCACCUUCCAUUCCCUCGUUCCUCUGUCCUCGGAGAGACCUUCUACCUCGCUCACCUUCCAUUCCCUCGUUCCUCUGUUCUCGGAGAGCCCUUCUACCUCGCUCACCUUCCAUUCCCUCUUCCUCUGUCCUCGGAGAGACCUUCUACCUCGCUCACCUUCCAUUCCCUCGUUCCUCUGUUCUCGGAGAGACCUUCUACCUCGCUCACCUUCCAUUCCCUCGUUUCUCUGUCCUCGGAGAGACCUUCUACCUCGCUCACCUUCCAUUCCCUCGUUCCUCUGUCCUCGGAGAGACCUUCUACCUCGCUCACCUUCCAUUCCCUCGUUCCUCUGUCCUCGGAGAGACCUUCUACCUCGCUCACCUUCCACAUUCUGACUGUGAACAUGCUAAUUUUUCCUGCUCUCCACAGAUUAAAAUACUCUAACAAAGAUUCAUUUUUCCACUUAAAAUGUUCUCAGAGCUUUACUUUUUUUCUACUGUGUUUAUUUUUUCUAUGAGACAUUUUUAUUUCUGGUGUAAAUAUUUAUUGAUGUAUACAAAUAUGACAAAUUAGUAUUAGAAGGAGAUGCAAAAAAAUCUAUGAAUCUAUAGUACAAUGUGCAGCUGUUGAAUAUAUUUUGUGUUUUUUGCUCCGUCACCUUUAUCAUUUACCUUUUCUUCUGUCCUCUCUUCUGCUUGAAUCUGUCUCCCUCUCCUGUAUCCCUCGCUCUCUCUCAUCCCUCUCUUAUGUCCCUCUCUUCCACUGUCUCCCCCCCGCCCCCUGUCUCUGAGAGUCGGUUGCCCACCCCAAAUCAGCAAGCUGCUGAAGGAUUGUAGGAACCCAUGGAAUCGCCGUGACCACGGAUGCAGGCAGGCAGCCACGGCAACGCUGGAAUGUGGGGCGUCUGAGGAGAUAAGAGCUGUGAGCCCAGCCAGGGAGAGAGGGAGAGGGAAGGGAUGGAGGGAGAGGGAGAAAGAGACAGAGAGAGGGUGAGAGAGAGGCAAGCCUGUGAAUGGGAGACAGAGAGACAACACUAUAAACAGCCGGAAGAAGAGAAUAGCGACAGAGCAGAAAAGAGAGGGGGGGGGGACAUGGAGGCACACACUGGAGAUGGGAAGCCAGUCUUAUUCCUCUUUGCAUUUCAUUUACAUCCCUGGCCGUAUCGACCAUCCGGAUUGGGAGCAAAGCCCAGGGCUUAGGAGCGGAAUAAAAAGACAAAAUGCCUUUGCUGCUCUCAUCCCUGCCUGAUAAUACCCCUUCUGUUUUUCUUUUCUCUUUUUCUCCAUCUAUAAGUAGAUACUGUCCGAAAUGCCAGCGGAAAAGCGACACCUCCGCUUGCUGUGCAUCUCAGAUAGACCGAACUGGAGUAGGGGCUGAAAAGACGGCUUUAGAGGCUGGGCCUAUCUCCUCUCUGGCUGGAUGGAGAAGGUUGGGUUGUGGUAGGGGGUGGAAUAGGCAUAAUGUACUGAGCUGGCCACAGAUUUUGCAUCAUCUUACACUCUGGAAAAACUUCCCUGCAGAUCAGUUUCCUAAGCAGGGAAACCUGUUUCAAGGGUGUUUAAUCUAUGCCACCCAUUUCUGUGAUCAUGGCCAAUGGCCGUGACUGAACUUGACAUAUUUUUAGCACAGGAUUGUUCUUGUUAUUCAUCCAUACUUGUAGGUUUGUCUAAUGCAGCGGCUGUUGAUGGUUGGUUUUGCACCGUAGGUCUUAUAGAUGGGCUCCUGAGUGGCACAGCGGUCUAAGGCACUGCAUGU